AUGUCAAUGCACCGCUCCGAUGGGAUGUCCAUCGCUCACGCUUUGGCCAUGACUGUCGCAGAGAUCCCUGUGUUUCUCUACUCUACCUUUGGGCAGUCUGUGUUUUCACAACUUAAGCUCAGCCCAAGCUUGAAAAAAGUGCUGUUCGCGACCGCCUUGGGAAGUGUGGCCUUGGCUCUCACCGCUCACCAACUGAAACGACGAGGGCGGAAAAGGAAAGCAAAAGAUGUGCAGAAGACCGUGGUUAUUCCCGAUGCCGUGAUUAGAGUUGGCCGACCCUCGUCACUGAAACGUGGUCCACCGACGGGGAGACAAAUGAUCAGCCCCAGCACUCGCAGCAACGACACGAUGAGUGGAAUAUCCUCACUCGCUCCUAGUAAACAUUCAAGCUCCUCACACAGCCUGGCUUCUAUGCGAGUCCCCAGCUCCCCAAACCAGUCUGCAAAACCCACGUUGGAUGGCGAGACCGUUUUAGAAGAAAGAUCAAUGGUAGAAGAUGCAAACGCAGAGAAUCUAUAUCUAAUGGGAAUGGAGCUGUUCGAAGAGGCUUUGAAAAAAUGGGAGCAGGCCCUAAACAUACGUCACGGAGCCGAGUCCACGUCCAGCGACAACAGUGUCGCUCUCAGAGGAGCCGUGUACGAACAGCCAGAACUGAAUGAAACUCAAAGCAAAGUGUUUGCCGAGAAGCUGGAAACUCUUUUACACAGAGCAUAUCAUCUACAGGAAGAUUUUGGGAGCAGUAUUCCAGCAGAUAGUGUGUUGGCAGACUUUGAAAGUGAAGGAACUCUCAUCUUGCCGUGUGUAGAAAGUUUUCACAGAUUGCAGGAUGAAGAUGCGACGACUGUUACCUCUGAGGACUCUUUCUUCUCAGCUGCAGAGAUUUUUGAUGCGCUGUCAUUAGAUCAAGUCUACCAACCGUUACGGCCGUCAGCUCUUUAUGAGGAUGCUAUUUCUCUGGUGCGGGAGGGGAUUGUAGCCUUCAGAACAUUACGGACAGAAAUACUGGAAUGUUACAGUGACCAAGACUUUCUCGCCAAACUCCACUGUGUGAGACAAGCGUUCCAGAUGCUUCUGAUGGACGAAAGUCACCGAACCUUUUUCAUGGAAACAGGAAAACAAAUGAUUGCGGGGUUAAUGGUGAAGGCAAACAAGAGCCCUAAAGCGUUUUUAGAGAGCUAUGAAGAUAUGCUGCUUUACACUAAAAGAGAAGAAACGUGGCCUGUCACUAAGAUGGAGCUGGAGGGUCGUGGAGUGGUCAACAUGAAUUUCUUUGACAUCGUGUUAGACUUCAUCCUGAUGGACGCGUUUGAAGACCUGGAAAACCCUCCCUCGUCCGUCGUGGCCGUGCUCCGGAACCGCUGGUUGUCGGACAGCUUCAAAGAGACGGCUUUAGCCACUGCCUGUUGGUCCGUCUUAAAAGCCAAGAGACGCCUACUCAUGGUUCCCGACGGGUUCAUCUCACACUUCUAUGCCAUAUCGGAACACGUUAGCCCCGUUUUAGCGUUUGGGUUUUUAGGGCCAAGGCAACAUCUAAGUGAAGUCUGCACCAUUUUUAAGCAACAAAUCGUCCAAUAUCUGAAGGACAUGUUUGACCAUGACAAAGUCCGCUUCACCUCUGUCUCCUGCCUGGCCGAGGACAUUCUGAGCCUGUCUCAUCGCCGCAGUGAGAUCCUUCUGGGGUAUCUGGGAAUCGAAAGUCUCCUGGAGCUCAAUGGGCGUCAGUGCAGCGUGUUGUCUGUGGGCUUCCGUCUAUUGGCCGCAGCGUAUCCCGGGGCGGGCCGCUCUCUGCCCGGUUGUGUCCGGGGUAAGAUGGCGUUGGAAGAACAUUGCUCGGCACCACCUCGAUGGCGCUGUAUAUCUUUGACACAUAUCGAGUUUGCUGAUGGGGACCUUACAGGACAGAUGCUGGCCUACAUCAGCCUCCUGCCCAUUGCUCUCCUGGUGGGCUUCGUGACCCUCAUCGUGUUCAAACGGGAGCUACACACCAUUUCAUUCUUCGCCGGGAUCCUCCUCAAUGAAGGGACGAACUGGUUGCUCAAGCACAUAUUCCGAGAGCCCCGCCCGUGUGCAGGAGCCCAUUCCAAUGUGCCGUCAGAGUAUGGAAUGCCGUCCAGUCAUUCCCAACUCAUCUGGUUCUUUGUUGUUUACUUCUUCCUUUUCCUUUAUCUGAGAAUGCAUCAGACAAACAAUGCCCGCUGUGUGGACCUGCUGUGGAGGCACAUCCUGUCAAUCAUUCUGUUGAACAUUGCGUUGCUAGUGUCUUACAGCAGGGUGUAUCUUCUGUACCACACGUGGGGGCAGGUGUUCUACGGCGCCGUCGCUGGUGCUGUGAUCGGUAUAUUAUGGUUCUUCUUCACGCAAGAGGUGCUGACACCAUUAUUCCCUAAAAUAGCAGCGUGGCCACUGUCAGAAUACUUCCUGGUGCGAGACACAAGCCUGAUUCCAAACAUCCUCUGGUUUGAGUACACAGUGACGCGCUCAGAAGCCAGGAACAGACAGCGAAAGCUUGGAACAAAACUUCAGUGA